GUAUCGUACUAGGUAGUCAACUUAAUACAACCACCCAUCAGUUGCCACAACUUUUGUACAUCAGAAAGGUAACCAUAGUACCUUAGAACUUUAAUUGCUCACCCGGUGUAUCAUUUACAAACACAUAAUAAAUCAUACAUUUUCCCUAGCUCCGACACACUCACUCACCGCACGCCCUCGCACAUAUCAAAAUGUCAUUCGAAGGAGUUCCUGACAAGAUGCUUGCAGCACAAGUCGUUGAAUUCAAUAAACCCUACAAGAUCCACUACAUCCCCACUCCACGCGGUCCCCUCCACGAGCACGAUAUCCUAGUACGUGUGGCUGCGGCAUCUCUCUGUCACACAGAUGGCAUGGUGUUGGAAGGCAUAAUGGGGACAUCGCUCCCUUGUAUCGCCUCGCACGAAGGAGCCGGCACCAUCGUUGCCACAGGCUCUAGUGUGUCUGGCUUCAAGCCAGGAGAUCGCAUUCUGUGUAGCUUGAAUUAUCAUCGUUGUGGCGUCUGUACUGAUUGUACUGGGUCCGAGCACGAACAGCAAUAUUGUGCUAGUAGCGGAGGACAUCUCGGAAUUCACAGAGAUGGCUCUUUUGCUGAGUAUGAGGUUGUAGACGGGAGGGAGUGCAGUUUGUUACCGGAUAAUCUGAGUUUUGAAUCGGCAGCUCCGUUGGCUUGUCUGGAAUCACUAUUUUUUGGGGAUAUGAUAAUCUUCAUUGUUGGACUGCACUCCGGACUAUUAGACGCCCAGGAACUUCAACUUCAACUCGUGAAUCCAAAUUUAUGCGAUACUAAACCUUUUGCGAAAUUAGGGGGUCUCAACGUCAUUGCGGUUGAUGCCAGAGACGAAGCGUUACAACUUGCUAAAGAUUGUGGCGCUGAUGUGCUAGUAGAUGCACGUCAAGAUAAAAACCAAGUCGUAGAGGAUGCCCAAAGGAUCACGGGUGGCCUAGGUGCAGACUCGACUCUCAACGUUAGUGAUCAUGAAAGCGCUGCAGCAACAGCGGCCGCGGUUACAAAGAGGCACGGAACGAUGAUUCAGAUUGCUCAGCCCGAGAAAAUUAGCGUCCCCUUUGAAGAUGUGAUUUUUCGGGAUAUCAGAAUCCAUGGGAGUCCUUGUUGUGUAGGAUCCCAAGGCGAAAGCACAAAAAUGCUAGAAUUAGUAUCAAAGCACAACAUUAAAAUUCAAACAAACCCAUUUAAAGGCUUGGGAGAGAUUCCCAAGGCAGUGGAGCUCGCUCACUCAGGCAGAAUGAAAGGAAAACCUGUCAUCUUAGUGGAUGACGAGGCCAUUGAAAGAGAGAAAAAGUCGGGACUACAAAUGAUAUGA